AUGACAAGCGAACCCGAACCUGCUCAUGAUCCUACUAGUGUCGUUGUGGAGAAUGAAGGUGACGGCGGCGAAGAGCAUGAAACAAUCCCUGGUGACGACUGUGAAGCGAUUAUUGAUGACCCUGGUGAUGAAGAAGUGGAAGAUAAUGAUGUUGAAGAAGAAGAAGAAGAUGAUGAAGUUCUUGGUAUUAGAGUUGAAGAACAAACUUGUGAAGUGUUAUCUACACACAUUGGAGAUAUAGCAAUGAAUGAUGGAGAAAACGAUGAUGAGAGCGGAGAUGACGAUUGCUGGAAGGAGGAUCAGAUUCCCGAUCCUAUAUCAUCUGAAGAUGAUGAAGAGGAUGCGAGAAGGGAAGCUAGUGAGGAUGGAGCAUCAAGCGAUGAUGUCUUGGUACUUGGAAAGACGUUUUCUUCUGCAGAUGAGUUCAAGCAAGCUCUCUUGAGGUAUUCUCUGAAAACAAGAUACAAUAUUAAGCUAUACAUAUCGACACAAAUGAGGCUUGCUGCGGUUUGCUCGGAUACUGAAUAUGAUUGCCCUUGGAGAGUGUACUGUUCAUAUGAGAAGAGGAAACAUAAACUGCAGAUCAAGGUGUAUAUCAAUGAACAUGCUUGUGUAAGAUCUGGUUACUCUAAGAUGCUAAAGAGUUCAUCAAUUGCGCAACUGUUUUCUGAAAGAUUGAGAGUGAAUCCAAAGCUGACGGCUAAGGAAAUUGGUGAAGAGAUCAAGCGGUCAUACAAUUUGACUGUAACAGAAGGUCAAUGUCAAAAAGCGAAAACCAAAAUCACUAGGGAAAGAAAAGCAAGCCACGAAGCUCACUUUUCACGAAUAUGGGAUUAUGAUGCCGAGCUUCAUAAGACUAAUCCAGGCACCAUCACAGAGAUAGUGACCAUUCCAGGAGCUACACCAAGACACAAGCAAAAGUUUGAUCGGAUCUAUGUAUGUUUUGAAGCACAACGAGCAGCUUGGAAGUCUACUUGUAGACCAAUCAUAGGUCUAGAUGGAGCGUUUUUAAAAUGGGAUGUGAAGGGCCAGUUGAUUGCUGCGGUUGGAAGAGAUGGAGACAACCGAAUUGUUCCUAUUGCUUGGGCUGUUGUGGAGAUCGAAAAUGAUAUUAAUUGGGCAUGGUUUGUCAAUCAUCUGAAGAUUGAUUUGGAACUUGGCGAUGGGAACAACUACACAAUUAUAUCUGAUAGGCAAAAGGGUUUGUUGAAAGCUGUCCACCAAGAACUCCCCAAUGCGGAACAUCGAAUGUGUGCAAGACACAUACUUGGAAAUUGGAAGAGAGACAGCCACGACCCGCGGCUAGAGAUACUGUUCUGGAAGAUAGCUCGCAGCUACACCAUGGGAGACUUUCAUGAGCAUAUGAACGAGCUAGAGAAGUACAAUGUAGUGGCACAUCGAACACUACAAGUCACCAAUCCUCACACAUGGUCUAGGGCAUAUUUUAAGGUUGGUUCAUUUUGCAAUGAUAAUCUGAACAACCUUAAUGAAUCUUUCAAUAAAACAAUUCGUGAGGCUAGGAGGAAACCAUUACUUGAAAUGCUAGAGGAUAUUAGGAGACAAUGUAUGGUACGCACAGCAAAGAGGUCUAUAAUUGCUAAUAGGGUGAAGACUAGAUUCACUAAGAGGGCACAUGUUGCAAUAGAAACAGCUAUAGCUAAGGCUCAGGAUUGUAUUAGAUACAUGGCUACGGGGAAUGUAUACGAAAUUGACUAUCAUGACUGUACGUAUAGUGUUGAUAUGGGUCUGAAAACUUGUGGUUGUGGGAUGUGGCAACUAAAUGGAAUUCCGUGUAACCAUGCUGCUUGUGUGAUCACUGCAAAGAAACAGAAAGUGGAUGACUACGUUUCAGAUUACUACACUACCAUAAGAUGGAGAAAAACAUAUGAGCAUAGUAUUAGGCCUGUGGAAGGGAUGAAGUUGUGGCCUAGGUUGAACAGAUUACCCGUCUUGCCUCCAUCAAAUAGAUUAGGGAAUCGGGGAAGACCAAGUAACUAUGCAAGGAAGAAAAGCGCCAAUGAAUCAUCUUCUUCAUCUAGUAAGACUAAGCUAAGUCGUGACAAGCGUAUCAUGACAUGUUCCAAUUGUAGAGAAGAAGGACACACCAAAGUGAGUUGUUCAAAACCAACGGUUGAACCUGAACCUAAACGACCACGUGGUCGUCCAAGAAAAAAUCUGGAAGGAGGAGCAGAAGGUGGAUCACAAGGUGUUUGA